UAUCUAGAUAUUUUUGGUCGAAGAGAGAGGAAGAAGAACAGAGAGAUGGUGGUUGGGAGAGUUGCUGUUCCGAAUCCUCCCUCCGGUCUGUUCCACAAUCCUUCUUCUGCUGCCACCCUCAUACCUCCACACACUCGUCUUCUCUCUUUCUCCGCUUCCGCCGCCUCCUCCUCCGCUAAUCGCACUCGUCACACGUCCACUACAAAAAACGAUUCUCCCUUCUCAACCUUCGGAAGAGUCAAGACUCAGAAACCGAAAACUCUGCUCCACAGAAGCAGGGACCGAAGACGCGUCCUUCAAGUUGAAGAAGAAGAAGAAGACGAUAAUGAUGAUUAUGAUGAUAAUGACGACUACUAUGACAAUCUCGCAGCCCCGAGAGGAAGACCUUCUCAUUCUGGGUCUCGGUCAGGUGGACGAAAACGAGGAGGAUGGGAUAUCAUUCCCAGGUUUCCCUCACAAACCAAAUCAACCACUGACACAAACUUCUUCAGUCUCAAGUCAUUUAAAGAAAUUGGGUGCGCUGACUACAUCAUUCAAUCCCUCCAAAAAAUCUUCUUAACGCGCCCUUCCCAUGUACAGGCCAUGGCAUUUGCUCCUGUUCUUAGCGGAAAGACUUGUGUCAUAGCUGACCAAAGUGGUUCUGGAAAGACAUUGGCUUAUCUUGCACCAAUCAUUCAGCGUCUUAGACAAGAAGAACAAGAAGGACGUAGUCAAUCCUCUUCUCAAGCUCCUAGAGUGCUGGUACUCGCGCCCACUGCAGAGUUAGCUUCUCAGGUCUUGGAUAAUUGUCGAUCCUUGUCAAAAUCUGGGGCUCCAUUCAAAUCUAUGGUUGUCACGGGAGGUUUUCGACAAAAGACUCAACUGGAAAAUUUACAGCAAGGAGUUGAUGUCUUAAUAGCAACGCCUGGCCGUUUUUUGUACCUCAUGAAUGAAGGCUUCUUGCAGUUAACAAAUCUAAGAUGUGCUGUGUUGGAUGAAGUAGAUAUUCUCUUUGGUGAUGAGGACUUUGAAAUGGCUCUUCAAUGCCUGAUCAAUUCUUCACCGGUUGACACACAGUAUCUAUUUGUGACUGCAACUUUACCAAAAAAUGUUUUCACCAAAUUGGUUGAAGUUUUUCCCGACUGCGAAAUGAUUAUGGGGCCUGGUAUGCACCGAAUAAGUUCUCGCCUUGAAGAGAUUCUAGUAGAUUGCAGUGGAGAAGAUGGACAAGAAAAAACUCCUGAUACAGCAUUUUUGAACAAGAAAACCGCACUUCUGCAGCUUGUGGAGGAAAGUCCUGUUCCAAGAACACUUGUGUUCUGCAACAAGAUUGAAACGUGCAGAAAAGUUGAAAAUUCAUUAAGGCGUUUUGAUAGAAAAGGAAAUCACAUGCAAGUUCUACCCUUCCAUGCUGCCAUGACACAAGAAUCACGGCUUGCUAGCAUGGAAGAGUUUACUCGUCCUCCAUCAAAAGGAGUCUCCCAGUUUAUGAUUUGCACUGACAGGUAACUUGUUACAGGGCUUCACGAGGAAUUGACUUUGCAGGAGUGGAUCAUGUCAUACUCUUUGACUUCCCACGUGAUCCAAGUGAAUAUGUACGGCGUGUUGGAAGAACAGCCAGAGGUGCGAAGGGAGUAGGAAAG